UCUCCUCAAGGCUCUGACAGUCAGCUGGCAGUAUCGUACGUCACUAGGGGGAUCGUGCGCCCCGCCCAGGAUUUUCUCGCGAUAGCUGAGUCUCAGGGCGCUCGCGCGCUGCUGACGGAUUGCUGGCGGAGUUGUGCAGCACGGGGGACACAAGGCGGCAAAGGACUUUUACAGCGGCGGGGAACUGAGGAAGCUCAAAAUAGAGAAAUGGGAGACGAUCGUCCCUUUGUGUGUAGUGCUCUUGGCUGUGGACAGCGUUUUACAAAUGAAGACCAUUUGGCUGUCCACAAGCACAAACAUGAAAUGACUUUAAAGUUUGGACCAACAAGGACAGACUCUGUGAUCAUUGCAGAUCAAACUCCAACCCCAACACGCUUCCUAAAGAAUUGUGAAGAAGUGGGAUUGUUUAAUGAGAUUGCCAGCUCAUUUGAACAUGAUUAUAAAAAAGGAGCAGACGAUGAAGAAGACAAGAAGAAUGCAGGACCACUGGACAUGUCUCUGCCAUCCACCCCUGACAUAAAAAUCAAGGAAGAGGAACCAGUAGACAUAGACUCAUCCCCACCUGACAGCCCAAAUUCUCUUUCUGACGAAGAGGUGCCACUGAAGCCACAGGUCAGCUCUACUCCCACUCCGACAAUAGUUCGGCCUGGCUCUCUACCCCUCCACCUGGGCUACGACCCCCUGCAUCCUACACUGCCUUCCCCCACGUCUGUCAUCACACAGGCUCCGCCAUCCAACAGACAGCUGGGUUCUCCAGGCAGCUCUGUCCCACUAAUGAUGCACCUGGGAAAUGGGCAUGCUGUACCUUUCCUGCCAGGUCCCCACUUACAGAUGCCCUCCGUUAUAUCGCUGGCAAGGCCUUUAUCCAUGGUGCCUAACAUUCCUGGAAUCCCUGGUCCCCCAGUGAUUGGCGGUGGAGGACAUAUAUCUCCUUCAGGCCUUUCUCUCUAUUCAGAGGCCAAAAUGAGACUUAAAGCCUCACUAACCCAACAGACCCCAUCUUCUCUAAAUGGAGGCAUGGCAAUGGUUACAUCACGGCCUGAACAGAGCCAGAUACUUGUCCAGCACCCAGAUGCGCCAUCUCCCGCACAGCCUCAGUUCUCCCCUGCACAACCCACUCCAAGUACAGGAGGUAGAAGGCGCAGAGCAGCCGAUGAGGAUCCAGAUGAACGCAGACAGAGAUUCCUAGAACGGAACAGAGCAGCUGCCUCCCGUUGUCGUCAGAAGCGCAAGGUCUGGGUGUGCUCUCUGGAGAAGAAGGCAGAAGGGCUGACCACUCAAAAUGUCCAGCUUAAUAAUGAGGUGUCUCUUCUUAGGAAUGAAGUGGCCCAGUUAAAGCAGCUGCUGCUGGCCCACAAGGACUGUCCUGUAACAGUGCUGCAGAAGAAGAAUCAAGUUUAUUUGGAAAACUUAAAGGACACCUGUGAUGUAACUGGAUCUCCAGGGCCAGUUAAUCAGCACAGCUCCUUGACUGCUGCCUCCCCCAAUGGCCUCCGUUCUCCGGCUGAGCACAUGGCCACCUCCGUGCUCACACAAAUGGCCAGCCAAAGGACAGAUGGCCACAGUCAGAUUCUGCAAUCACACGUCAUCAUGUCACCACAGUCCCAGGCAACCAGCAGAUGAUGUAACAGUUAUUUGACCUAGAACUAACCAAUGGAACUUCUCAGCCCAAGAGACUGAGCAACAAAAACUAAGCCCCAGUAACGAAUGGGCAGAUCCGGAUUAUAAAUAUAUAAGCAUAUAUAUUUGGUUUUUAAAGUUCGGUAUGGGGAGUGUAGGGAGACUUAAAUUACACAUACAGAGAUACACAGAUUUCAAGUGAUUAAAGCACUAAAGAUCCCAACAGGUCAAAGCACUAACAUACUGGCAAUCAUGAAAACAAGGGCUUCGUGCACUAAUGGACAUCCUUUAAAGACACCAGAACACACACCAUGUGGCUUACUACAAUUGCAGUCCUGAUGUUUACUUGAGCAAAUGGGACUUCAAUAUAAGGUUUAAGCAUUUCAGUGCCAGCAGGGUGGGUUUUUCCCCUGGUGCUCCUUGCCUGAGCACUGCACCUUCCCUUAUUUCAGGCCGACUAUUACAGUCUACCUUAUUACUCAGUGCGACUCUUCCACAUCUCUUCAUCCUUAUCUCUUCAUUAUUUACUCCCUGGGAAAAAAGCAGUGGCAUCCAGCCUCUAACUGUCCAUGGCAUUUCAUUGUUGUGGCUACUCAGUGGAUACAUAUUGUGGUCAAAAGAUCCAACAAUCUACUUCAUCAGAAUUCAUUUUUAUUAGGGAUUUAUUUUGCAAAGGAUCUUGAAGCAUGCAAGGUGCUGAAGGGUCCCAAGACACAUUGCAGAGCAAUGCGGAGCAGUCCCCCUCACCUAUGCAAGGAUUUCUGGAGUCAUGGCCUUUCCAAGCCAUCGAUAUAAGACAAGGAGCAGCACGCUGAACAUAUUGCAGCACUACCUAUUGUCCAUGCAACUUGGAUUUAACAAGGCAGUCUCCAUUGCUUUAGUUUCCUAACAGCUUAACUGUUAUUGUUGUUCUUGUUAAACAGGCUGGGUAGCACAGUCUUCCAUGGAGACAUGCAGCUAAUAUGUGUGCUACUUUAACCCUUGGAUUUACCAUUUUGAAGCCUAUCUCAAACACUAAAUAUAGCCAGCUAUGUAGUCCCUGGAGCGUUAUUAUAAGUCUUCCAAUCUCAAUCUGCUGAUGAGUGACUGAUGCUCUGACAUAUUUCUCUCCUAAGGAUCCUGCCUGUUCAAGGCAAUUCACCUUUUAGUGUAGGUCUGUCUAUUAAACGACUAAAUGAAACUUCACCCUUCACCAUCUUUAUACAUAACAAGAAAUGAAACUGUGGAAAUUGUUGUCCGUGCGCAGUUCCUUUUCAUGUUGCCUAGUAAGAUCAUCUGCAGAGGCUUUGUACCGUUGGAUUGAGGAUUGAACUUGUGUAUUUACAGGUUGCUUCCUGCUCCUCACUAUACACAGUAUAAAGAGAAUUACAUCUAUGGUCCUCCAUCUAUCCCACCUAUACUUGUAUCAGUGAUGUUUUUCCCCCUAACUCUUACCUUUCUUUAUUUCAGGUAUUUUGGCUAUGCACCGUGAGAGUUUUUUUUGUUUGUUUUUUUUACACAGAACUCUCACAUUGUAAUCACAGCAAAGGACGGCAUGGUUCUUGAUGAAUCCAAAUUCUGUCCUGUUGCUCUGUUGUGCCUCUUCCUUGUUUUAAUGAGUGCUGCAUGAUACUCUUACAGAGACCAUUUGCCAGCUUUUAUUAACAAAUGAGGAGCUAUGUUUUCUCAGUGAAGACGCUUACUUUAUCAUGUGGAUCUUGUUAUAUAACUUUAAAAAUGUACCUAGUGUUGCAGGAAGGUCAGUGCAGCAUCAGCUUCUGUUCAAUGGUUAGAUAUGGUGAAUGUUGGGAUAGGUGUUUUAUUUUUACCAGCUGACGGUC